AUCACACAAGUGCAUUUGCUUCUCUCUCUCCUAUAUACAUAUAUUCAAUCUCCUUCAUGUGACAUUAAAUCUUACCAUUCAUAAUUAUCUCAUUUACGUAGCCAGCUAGUAUCCUGAAUUUUUGUCCGUCAGUCAGUUAUAUAAAGAAAGAGGCCCUUCAAAUUUAAUUAAUGGCUGUAGCAAUAUCUCUGUUCAUCAUCUUUGUUUGUCUGUGUGGAAUUUCUAUUUCAGAAGGUCAACUUAGAGCUGGGUUCUACGCCGAUACUUGCCCUGAUGCUGAAUCCACGGUCAGCUCCGUGGUCCGCGAAGCAGCUCAGUUUAGCUCCAAAGUCGCCCCAGCUUUGCUUAGGCUUCACUUCCAUGACUGCUUCGUUCAGGGGUGUGAUGGGUCAAUAUUGAUAAACAAUGGAGGAAAUGCAGAGAAACACGCAUUUAGCCACCAAGGAGUGGGAGGAUUUGAGGUGAUAGACAAGGCUAAAUCCCAGCUUGAAAACCUAUGCCCAGGGGUUGUCUCUUGCGCUGAUAUUGUAGCCUUGGCUGCUAGAGACGCCGUCGUUUUGGCAAAUGGGCCUGCUUAUGUGGUUCAAACGGGGCGACGAGAUGGUAGAGUUUCCAGUGUUUCGGCAGCAGAUAACAUGCCAGAUGUAACUGAUUCAAUUCAACAACUUAAAGCCAAGUUUAUACAAAAGGGUCUCUCAGAAAAGGAUCUCGUGAUUUUAAGUGCUGCUCAUACAAUUGGAACAACAGCAUGCUUCUUCAUGACCGAAAGACUAUAUAGCUUUCCUCAAAAUGGAGGAACUGACCCGUCCAUAAACCCUAGCUUCUUGCCAGAGUUAAGAUCUUCGUGCCCCCAGAAUGGAAACGUGAAUGCUCGGUUACCAAUUGACCGUGGGAGUGGUGACACUUUUGAUGUUCGCAUAAUGCAAAACAUACGAGGUGGCUUUGCUGUUCUUCAAUCCGACGCUCAACUCUACGUGGAUGAAACAACAAAGGAGAUUGUGGACUCGUAUAUUGACCCGAACCCAAUCUUUGGACCUAACUUUGAGUCAGAUUUUGCAGACUCCAUGGUGAGGAUGGGCACUUUGGGGGUUAAUACAGGGUUUGAAGGAGAGAUCAGGCGGACGUGUAGUGCUUUCAACUAGGUUUGGGCUUUGGAAACUAUAUAAAGAAAUAAUAUUGCAUAUUCCAGAAUAAUAAUAAAAAAUACUGAUAAAAAAACAUAAGAAUACAACAAAGAAUUGAAUAUGUUAUAUGAGUGUUACUUUCAUCAUUUAAAUGUACAUUGUUUGGGGUGUAUAAGGAUUUGUGUGUUAAUGAGUUUGCUUGUAAAAUACUUUCAAAUAUGUUGAAUUAUAAUGGGUUGUUUUGAUA